AUGUGCUUCUUGUGUUUGGGUCAGCCACCACCCUUUUGCGGGGUUCUACACUGCACUGGCAAGAUGAUCCGGGGCACCUGUGAGCAUGUGACUCUCGACAAAAGACAAUUUUUUCACCUGAAUCUAUCUAUCUAUCUAUCUAUCUAUCUAUCUAUCUAUCUAUCUAUCUAUCGUACAUAUUUAUACCUUAGAAUCUAUCUAUCUAUCUAUCUAUCUAUCUAUCUAUCUAUCUAUCUAUCUAUCUAUCUAUGUCUGUUUGUUUCUUUCUAUCUAUCUAUCUAUCUAUCUAUCUAUCUAUCUAUCUCAAAUAAUUCAUUAUCUCUAAUCUAUCUAUCUAUCUAUCUAUCUAUCUAUCUAUCUAUCUAUCUAUCUAUGUCUGUUUCUAUCUAUCUAUCUAUCUAUCUAUCUAUCUAUCUAUCUAUGUCUGUUUCUAUCUAUCUAUCUAUCUCAGGAAGCAUACUCUCGGGAGACUUUUCCACAAAUCUAUCUAUCUAUCUAUCUAUCUAUCUAUCUAUCUAUCUAUCUGACUCAAUUGAUAUCCACUUGACAUAUAAUAUUUUAAAACGAACACUCGUCAACAAUAAUCAUGUAAUCGAUAUACAAAUAAAAAUAACCACACCCACACAUCUAUCUAUCUAUCUAUCUAUCUAUCUAUCUAUCUAUCUAUCUAUCUAUCUAUCUAAAUAA